CUCCCCUCCCACGCUAUAACAACAGCAGCUGCGGCUCCCCACCCCAAUGCGCUCCGAGCGGCGGUGGCGUCUCAAUCCAAUCCACCAAAUGCUGCUGCUAGGGAGGAUCCCACUGCCCCUGAGGUGAAGAUGUAUGGGUGUCGGGCUCUGGACGGUGUUGAGCAAAGAGGUUCAGGUGAGAUUUCGGGUGUGAGAUUUCGCACGGACCAUGGUGUUGUUUAGAUGAGAAUGCUUGCGUGUGUAAUACUGUAUUAAGCAAGUGAUGGGCAAUGGCAUAUUAAUGGGGACUGUGUUGCCGGUGGAAUUCCGAGUAGAAAUGAAUGCCCAACGAGUUACUAGUCAAAUUGGCACGCAAUGGCAGCUCAUAUUGCUCUGAAUGCCUGAUUAGCGCAUUGAGUUACCCACACACAUGGAUUACUCAAUUCUGGGGAUCGUGUGGGAUAGCUGACUAUGUAGAAUGAUAUGGUGGGCCAAGAACAGCUGAUGAUAUGUUCUCGGAAAAGGGGGGAAAGGAACAACUGAUGAUACCCCUGCAACCCUUUCCCCGCGGUAAUCCAUCUGAAUAAAAGUUGAUAAGCUGCCGCUACUACAUCUGAAUUUUCGAUUUGAACACUUGUGUAUCAUAGGUGGUCUCAGAAUUCUGAAUUUCAGAUGGGGACUUUGGUUAUCUUACAUUCUUAUCUGUUCUAAGGGAUUUGUUUAUCUACUGUAAUUGAUAAUUAGAAGUCCGAGAUUACCAGUAAUGAUAGGACGAUUACUGAGGUAAAUCGUAAUGCCUGAAGGCAACUUAUUUCUCUUUUAAAAAAACUAAUUUGCGUAUUGUCAUUCUAUUGCUCUUAACCUUUUCUCGUCAACCUCUGACAAUUUUGCUCACUUGUCAUUGUCAUACUGAUUUCUGAAGAUUUGCCACUAUCAUUUUUCUUUGCAUAUCUAACAUAUUUCCCCCUAAUCAUCAGCCUUUUUUGAUAAGAAAAAGCAUGUCAUCGUAUUGAAGUGACAGGUUGAGGAAGAUCAUGACAUGGAAGUCGGUGGUAUUUGAUUAUGUUUAAUAGCACAAGGAACAUCUGUGUCACUGAAAAGGAUUGCCUUAAAUGGAGGUCGAAGCUGCUCCUGAUGAUGAAGUAUUCAGUUUGAGUGAUGGGAUGCAGGAGUUAUGGCCAAUAGGUGAAGUAAACCCAAAGAGAGCAAGGUUCCCUUGCUGCAUUGUCUGGAGUCCUCUCCCUGUAGUUUCCUGGCUGGCUCCCUACAUAGGGCAUGUGGGGAUUGCCCGGGAGGAUGGAACUGUCUUGGACUUUGCAGGUUCAAAUUUCGUGAAUGUGGAUGAUCUCGCUUAUGGUGCAGCUGCCAGAUGCCUCCAGCUUGAUAGGGAAAAGUGCUGCUUCCCUGCCAACCUCGCCGCGCACGUCUGCGCGAGGUCCUACGACCACUUGGAGGCCGGGACGGCGAUCUCGUGGGACGACGCGCUGCGGUCGGGGACGCGGCACUUUGAGCACAAGUGCUACAACCUCUUCACCUGUAACAGCCACUCGUUCGUGGCCGACUGCCUGAACCGGCUCGCCUACGACGGCUCGGUGGGGUGGAACGUGCUGAACCUGGCGGCGCUCGUCUGGCUGCGCGGCCGGUGGCUGGACCGGAUGGCCGUCGUCCGGUCAUUCCUCCCGUUCGCCGCUGUCUCCUGCGUCGGCGUCCUGAUGGCCGGCUGGUCCUUCCUCCUCGGGAUGGCCGCGUUCUCGCUGCUCCUGCUCGGGUGGUUCGUGCUCGGUGUGUACUGCAUGAAGGGCCUGGUCUGCUGAUCGACUCAUGAAGCAGUGUCUGUGUCGCUGGCGGAGCAUUGAGCUCACGCAAAUGAAUGGUCGUGAGAGCCUGAAAGGAAGAGUCGGAGAGAUGCUGAAACCUGACGCGGAAUGUAGGAAUUUCCCUAUUAUCGUGGGAAUCGAACGGUACUAGACAAUAAAUUAAAACUAGUAAUUGCACACGUGUGUAGAAAUCAAUUUAGUAUAUAUCAAUUUGAAAAGUAUAAAAGAUAAAUAAUAGAAGAUUAAAUAAAUUUUUUAGAUCGUAUGAAAGAUAAAUAUUGAACAUGUAGAUAUGAAAGUUAAGUAAUAAUAGAUUAAAUAUAUUUUUUAAAAGUAAAAAGAUUUAAUUUUAUAUAGUUACUGUUUAUCAAUUUAAGUGAAUGGUGGAGAUAUUCUUAGAUUUAGAAUAACUGGUAAAUUAUAUAAAAAUAUAAAUGAGUUCUACUACAGAUAUGAUAUACUGAGUCUAGAAUUUAGAACUUAAACCUGGAUAGUGAUAUUUCAUCGUAAGGACAAAAACCAACUACACUAUGCCCGGUUCACAAUUUCCAAUUGAAUUUGACAAAUUGAAGGUUAUGUACUGCUGCAUCUUACUCUGCUUAAAGGGACGAUCAUUUCCGCUGUAGCGUUGAAAAGCAUUGAAGUCUACUCAUCACUCACUUGGGGAGACCAUCUCUAAUUAUUAUUUUUUAUUUUAUUUCCUUUCUAAGACUGUUUAUUUCUAUUUAAAAUUAUAAUAAGCUAACUUAUUUAUCUAAAGCGCAAACAAACAUUUAGAUUAUUUAUCCUGAUUAUUAUAAGCUGGAACUCAGAUUAUAACAAUCUCAUAAAUUAUAAAAAGAGCUUAUUUCAAAUUUAUGACUCGAACUUUUACUAUAUCACUUAUCAAAUUUAGAAAAAAUUAUCCACCAAUGUCACUCCCUCCACUUGACCCCUCAGCCCUUCUUUUGUUCACCCCCUCUCUCUCUUCCCUCCCGUUCACCUCUCUUUCUGCUUUCUUCAACCCUAAGCACAAUAUUUCUUCCCAAAUCCGACGAGCUCGACGAUGGUCUAGCCAAGAUGGAGUCAAUCGACGUUGAAGAUGCAAAGGAGACCCUCGCUAUUACCCUCGCCUACCGAGAUUCAUUGGCUAAGGAACAGACCGGUGUCCAUGCAUGGCAGCGCCUCCUUGCCCAGCGUGCAUGGAAUCUUCGGCACGAUGAAAGUCAAUUGGGAGAUGAAGAGAAAAGCAUGAAUGUUUUUCGUGAUAAUAUUGCUAAUGUUUUAUUUGUCAGAAGAGAGUAAUUUAUUUGUGAGAGCAUGAAUAAUUUAUCUUUUGACAUUUAUUUAUUUAUAUUUUACAAA